CAGUCCGCGACAGUCUCGCGCAAACCAUCGAGUUGAGCGGCAGGUUCUCGACGCGUCGUCGGUUUCUCCUGGUUUACCUUUAUGAUCGUCGUUAAUUGGCAUGCUUCGUCGGAAACUAAUGUUCAAAGUUUUGUCGCGUUGAACGCUGUUACGUGUGAUAUAAGGUCGUGUGUAUUCGUUUCUCUCGUGUAUCCAUUUUAACUUUCAAUUAGUUUCGAUCACUGCGGAGUAAUUUCACGUGAUUUACAGGCUCUUCAGUAAUUUAGGCAUCGUUCUGUUUAUUGUUCAUGGUUUACACGUGAUAUGACCCAGUCCCGCGAGGUUCUGGCGAUGAUGGACGCACACACAACAACGUUCGGACGUAAAAGAGGCUGCACAGUCUCUCCUUGUGGCGCUUUCCUUUUUGGUGCUGCCUUCCUUAUAUCUUUGGUCAUGACCGGGCUUCUGGUCUAUCAUCUUGCGCCAUGCCUCGAGGAAAAUCUCGUUAAACCAUGCGGUGAUUUCAGUAAUUCAGUAUUCGGGGGUCGUAGUCUGUUUAAUAAGGAGACGUAUAACAAGAAAAAAUUGGACGUCCGAUUACCAAGAUCUGUGGUGCCAGAUUCGUACGAGUUGAAGCUAAUACCGUUCAUACAAGUGGGAAAUUUUACUUUCCAUGGCGAGGUAAAAAUUCUAGUGAACAUUACGGAAGACACGAAAAAUGUGACGCUGCACGCGGUGGAUAUGCACAUCAAUGAAAGUUUCACGAAUAUCAAGGAGUAUUCGGAAAUCAAGAAAGUGAAGAAGAUAAUCAAAAUCGUGGAGCAGAGAAACGACACUGAACGGCAGUUUUACGUGAUUAGAACGUCGGACACGUUGAAGAGUGGCAAGCAAUACGUGGUGCAUUUAAAGUUUGUUGGUUAUCUGAAUGACUACUUGCAAGGCUUCUAUAGAAGCUCGUAUACUGUUGGCAGUCAGACGAGAUGGAUCGCCACGUCACAAUUCCAGCCAACAGAUGCGCGACGUGCUUUUCCGUGCUUCGAUGAACCAGCGCUGAAAGCCACGUUCAAGAUCAGCAUUGCACGACCAAAGAACAUGUCAUCCAUCUCGAACAUGCCUAGAAUGGGGGAGCCUAUGCCAGUGCCCGGCUUACCAACAUACGUGUGGGACCAUUAUGAACGCUCGGUGCCGAUGUCCACUUACCUGGUUGCUUUUAUUGUUUCGGAUUUCGAGGUGCUGAAAUCCGAAUCUGAACACUUUAGAGUUUGGGCAAGGAGCGACGCUAUCGAGCAAGCACGCUACACUUUAGACAUUGGCCCGAGAAUACUUGAAUAUUACGAAGACUAUUUCAAGAUUAAGUUUCCCUUGCCCAAGAUGGAUACUGUUGCUCUACCUGAUUUUUCAGCAGGAGCUAUGGAAAACUGGGGUUUAAUCACUUGCAGAGAAACUGCUAUGCUAUAUCAAGAAGGCGUCUCGACCAGCAGUAAUCAGCAACGUGUAGCAACUGUAAUAUCUCACGAACUUGCUCAUCAAUGGUUUGGUAACUUGGUCACUCCGAGUUGGUGGUCGGAUCUUUGGUUGAACGAAGGUUUUGCCAGCUAUGUAGAAUAUAUCGGUGUGAAUGCAGUGGAACCAACUUGGAAGGUUUUGGAACAAUUCGUUGUACAUGAUCUGCAAAAUGUUUUUGGUUUAGACGCGUUAGAAUCUUCACAUCAGAUAUCGAUCGAAGUCGAACAUCCCGAUGAGAUUAGUGAAAUUUUCGACAGAAUUUCUUACGAAAAAGGCGCUUCUAUAAUAAGAAUGAUGGAUCAUUUUCUUACUAACAAAGUGUUCAAGCAAGGUCUAACGAAUUAUUUGAAUGGGAAAGCGUACCGAAGUGCCGAGCAAAAUGAUUUAUGGGAUGCUUUGACAAAACAGGCGCACAAAGACAACGUUCUCGAUCCAACGAUAACGAUAAAGCAAAUUAUGGAUACCUGGACUCUCCAGACUGGUUUUCCAGUGGUGACAGUUAUUCGAGAUUAUAACACUGGUUCAGCGACAUUAACGCAGGACCGUUUUAUGCUUCGUAAUGGUACUAUGGUGACCACAUCUGUUGAACCACUAUGGUGGAUACCAAUCACAUAUACGACUGAAAGUCAAUUAAAUUUCAAUACAACUCAACCUUCUCAAUGGAUGAAAGCAGAAAAAUCGAUUAUGCUAUCGAAUUUGAACUGGAACUUCUCGGAGUGGGUGAUCUUGAAUAUUCAAGAAACUGGAUACUACAGAGUGAAUUACGACAGGAAAAAUUGGCAAUUGAUAAUCAAACAACUGAACAAGGAUUCCUUUAGAAAUAUUUCAACGAUCAAUCGUGCUCAGUUAAUAGAUGAUGCGCUUAAUUUGGCCAGAGCCGGAAGACUAGAUUACGCCAUUGCGUUGGAUGUCACAUCGUAUUUAGCUCACGAAACUGAGUAUUUACCUUGGAAGGCUGCUUUCACUGCCAUGCAUUAUUUGGAUAGCAUGCUAGUCAAAAUGCCGAGUUACGACAAAUUUCGGGUGUACAUUUUGAAGCUACUCGACAACGUGUACAAACAAGUUGGUUUUAAGGAUAGUUCUCAGGAUCCUCAGUUGACAGUUUUCACCCGGAUCGAUGUGCUAACAUGGGCAUGUAACUUCGGCCAUGAUGAUUGUGUGCAAAAUGCAGUCAGACAGUUCUAUAAUUGGCGUAAUACGCCUAGCCCGGAUAAAAAUAAUCCGAUCUCGCCAAAUCUGAAAAUGGUCGUCUACUGUACGGCUAUUCGAUUUGGUGGACAAAUUGAAUGGGACUUUGCUUGGCAAAGGUACUUAGAAACCAAUGUCGGUUCUGAGAAGGAUUUACUUCUGCAUUCUCUUGGUUGUACCAGAGAAACUUGGCUUUUAAGUCGUUAUUUGGAUUGGAUGGUUACGGAAAAUUCGGGUAUCAGGAAGCAAGAUGCAGGACGUGUUCUAAAUUCUGUUGCUAGCAACUCUAUUGGACAGCCGCUAGCAUUUAAUUUCCUCAGAAAUAAAUGGGCUCGUCUUCGAGAAUACUUCGGAACAUCAUUAAUGACGAUGAACAAUAUAGUAAAAUCAGCAACCAGAGGUAUUAACACCAAAUAUGACGUUAAAGAUCUGCUGGAAUUUACUAAUGAACACAUGGGGGAGUUUGGAAGUGCAACGAGGUCAAUGCAACAAUCGAUAGAACAAGCUGAAGCAAACAUACGAUGGGUGGAAGCCAAUCACAUUACGAUUCAAGAUUGGCUAAAAAGGAAUACCGCGUAACAAUAAAAUGAAGCAGAUUAGUGUUAUAUAAAUAAUUGUAAUAUCCGUGCGUUGUCCAAUGGAGCAAUUAAAAUUGUCGAAGCGAGGACUCCAUCCUCAUGCGUGGAAAUAUUUCAAAACAUUGUUCGAUUAUUUGAAAGCAUUUUACUCAUACGAAAAAAAUCGCUUUGUCGCUAUGGUUAAACGUAGACUACGAAAAACGAUCUAUAUCUGAAAUUUAUGAAACAAGUAUUAAGUGUUUUUGCAUGAUUUUGUAAAUACCUGUUAAGUAUUAAUGUAUGUAUGUAUAAUGGAACAUUUAGGUAUUUGGAUAGAAGAGAUUGAAUUCUGUCGAUGUUUUAGUAUUUUACAAAAAUUCGCGUAUAUUAAUAAUUUAAAUAUUCUCCUCAGAUUAUUUAACGAAUAAGUUGAAUUAUUUUUUCUUAUAAGACUUCAAUGUAUCUUUAGUAAUAGUUUGUUUCAUUAAAUUAAUCUGAACCUCUACAUGUGAUUUAAAAGUGACAUCUUUUAUGCAUACAUACAUAUCUACAGUAUUCGACGAUAUUAGCUUCACGGAAAUAUUUAAACAUUUAACUUAAGAAAAUUUUUAUAAAUGUACUGUGUAUUUUAUACGAUACUUUUCGAAAUUUCAUUAUAUUAUAAUAAGAUACGAUUAUUGUAAUGAUAUUGGUAAGAUGUGAAACCAAUCUGAAAAUGUAUAUAGAGAUUGCAACACUUUUAUCGCAAACAUUUAAUAAAAAAUUAGCAUAAAGCAAUAAUGGCCUUAAACAUAUAAUUAAUGUUCAUGAUGAUUUUAUUAAUUUCACUCAUUAUAACUUACAAAUAACGUAAUGAAUGAUUAAUUGUUCAAAUACAUCUAUGAUUUUUGCGAUGUGUAUGCUUGUAUAAAUAUUUUGCAACUUCUGUAUACACAUGAUUUCAGAUACCUUUUGCAUUUUAUCAAUAUAAUUAUGAUUGUGCAGUGUCUUAUUGCAUUGUUAAUAAAAUGUUAAAUUGUUUUGUAUUACACACACAAUAGAAGCUUUCUAUGAUAAAUAUUUAAUAUUCUAUGCUAAAUACUUUCGUGAACUGUAUGUUUGUUAAACCUAACUGCAUAUUAAAUAUUAGUAUCGGAAGUCUACAGUAACGUAUUAAAUCAUAAUUUUUUGUUCUCAUAAGCCAUCAUAAUUCUGGUUAUACAGUGUUAAAAUACAAUCUUAGCGCAACUUAAAUUUCUUCACGAAGGUUUAACGAAGAUUCUUGCAAUUAAUUUUGUACCGUAAAUAUGCAUCUUGUUAUUAUUCAUUUAAAAUUAUAGCUGUUAUGAUCCUUACAUGUUAUAAUAAGUAGAUUGUAACAUUUCUUUUCGAAUUAAAAAAAUUAAUAAAGAUAAGCAAGAAGAAUUAAAUGUUUUAGUGAAGGAUCGAAAUAUUAUUGCUUGCAGUAAUUAUGAAUGAUAACAUUGUGAUGGUAUUAUUACAGGACGAUAAUAUUAAAGCAAAAGUUAUAUGAAAUGAAAUUUCAAUCGUGGUAGCUUCAAAGAAUUACUGUUUCUUAACAAUUAUGGUUCUUAAUAAUUAUAAUUUCCGUAUGAUUGACUUUAACGCAACAAUUUUCAGGAAAAUAAUUAUUUCUUAUAAUUUGAUAAUAUCAAUGAGUUAUUUGUUGCAAGCACGAGUCACUCGAAAUUUUGAAAUUUUGAAAUCACAACUGAAAUUGUUUGUUACAAUAAUGAUCGCCAACGUUGUGAUGUGUAACACAAAAUUAUAGAGACAAAUUAUGCACAAAAUAUUUGUUACACACUUUCUGUUUCAAUGUCUGUUUUUUAUUAUGCAUAAUACUUAAAAGAACUUUCUUUUCCUGUGUCUAUAAAAUGCCGUGUACAUUCCAUUGGUGAUAUAAGUUUUGAAAGAUCCGACAUGAAAUCGCAAAUCGAUGGCUCUUUUUUGUAAUUUCUUUUUGUUUGUAAAACAAGAACUCCGCUAUGUGAAUAUUACACACUGAAAAAUUGCUUCUUAAACAUUGUAUUUUGGUUUCAAUAUAAUAAAGUUAUAUCGGUUUUUA